AUGAAGCAUAGAGCAGCCGCUAAUAGUUUAAAUUAAAAGGAGAAUGAGAAAUGUGUAGGGAAUCAAUAUGCUCUCAAGUACCGAGCACCCUUGCAAUAGGAAUUACUGAUGAACUUAAAGAAUUAGCAACUGAGGAAUCUCGAUGCUAUUAGUCAAAUUCUACAAUCGAAAUUUUGUAAAGUAGAGAAGCGAGACAAUGUUGAAUACUUCAAAUUUGAUUUCAAACAACAGAACAUUUGUGAUAGAGUAAAGUUUCUAAUCAAUCAACCUGAUGAUGAUACCAAUAAAACUGAGCAAUUCAAGGCAUAAUAUAAGGUGGGCAGUCGCAUUGGUUAAGGCGCAUAUGCUUCAGUGAGAGUCGCAAUCCAAAUAGAGAGUGACACCAAGGUGGCCAUUAAAAUAUAUGAAAAAACCAAGAUCAAAGACUUGUAGAGAAGGAAAGGAGUGAGAAGGGAAAUUGAGAUUUUAGAGAAGCUGGAUCACCCGAAUAUAGUGAAGAUUCUAGACACUGUGGAAUCAAAUAAUCAUGUGAAUAUAAUAUUGGAAUACGUUAGCGGUAGUUCAUUACACCAUUUGGUUAGGAAACAGCCGGUAUACAUUUAUUCUAAUCUCUAGGAACGAAGGUUGGAAGAAGACAUAGCCAAAGGAAUAUUCAAAUAAAUUCUAGAUGCAAUACAAUAUUGUCACUCCAAGAACAUUGCUCAUAGAGACAUUAAAUUAGAAAAUAUCCUGCUAGAAGGACUCACUCCUAAAUUGAUAGAUUUCGGAUUUUCAACAUCUUUUCCAAUUGAUAAGAAGGUCAAAAUGUUUUGUGGCACUCCCAGUUACAUGGCACCAGAAAUAGUUACAAGAUAAGAAUACAGAGGAGACAAAUCAGAUGUCUGGGCAUUAGGAGUAGUGCUAUUCACUAUGCUCUAAGGAGUGUUUCCAUUUAAAGGAGACACUGAUUCAGAAUUGUAUACUAGAAUCUAAUCAGGUGAGUUUAUCAUCGUCCAUGAUAUAUCCAAGGAAGCUAUUGCAUUAUUGUAUGGGAUGUUGACAAUUGAUCCAGACGAAAGACCAACUGUUGUGGAAUUGCUCAACUAUCCUUGGUUUAAAAAAUAUCAAUAAAAUUUGGAACCAGAAGAACUCAAAAAGAAACAUAAAUUGCCUGAUGAUUUAAUAGAGGAUCUCAAUACAAUCACCAAAAAUAUGUCUUACAUCACACCUACUAGUUAAAUUAAACAACAAUUCUAUUUUGAUUUCUCUCAUCUUAAAAACAAUUCCAAAUAAAAUAACACUAAAGUAUUUAUAUUCCUAAUUUAGGCUGUCAUACCCAAACCCAAUUAUUUUACUACCACUAAUGCUUAAACCAAACAGAGAGAACCUUAGUUUUUUAAAGUUGAGAGAAUUCUCACAAAAAAUGAACGACACACUACCACUCAUUCCAAAGAAAGAUAACCAACAUUAUCUAAAGAAAGACAAUCAUCUUAUAGUUUUGAAUCAAGCAGAGGUUUAUCUUAGAAAAAGAAUCCUCAUCAAUUAACUGUUCAUCCUAGUUUCAUUCCAAGUGAAAAAAGUUUCAAUUCUGUCAAAAGUCCAUCAAUGGGUAUGACAGAAAAACGUUCUUUCAAUUUUUUUUAUAAUUGA